CUCUCUCUCACUUGGUCUUGGUGACUUUGUGUCUCUCUCUACAAUUUCUGAGACUGGAUUUUCUCAGCCUCAUUUUGUGUUCUCUAGAUAUUAUUGCAUCUUCAGAUGGGUUUGAGUCUCUCUCUAGAACUUUGAGAUGAUUUUGGUCUAUCACUCGACAUUGUGGUUGGAGGUUUCAUUGAUCUCUCUAGAAGUUUAACAGGGUUUUUCUGUUACUGUUAAAGAGAUUAUACGGAAUAUCAAUGCCCAACUUUAACAGGGUCAAGUUGGUUUAUUCUACUCAUUUAACUGAAGAAUCAUUCACAGGUUGUAGGGUUUGAAGGCAAUUGAUAAUGCGUUAUAUACAUUGUGGUCGCAAUCUUCUGAAUCAACUCAUCAGGGAUCAGAAAGUCCAGAAUGCUGGACAGGAAAUUCUCCCCUCUUUUUUUGUUGGGCAAGGAGUUAGAUACCGCAAGUUGGAAGUUAUUCUAACCACAACAAUUGACAAACUAGGCAAAGCAGGUGAAACUGUGAAGGUCGCUCCUGGAUAUUUUCGCAACCAUUUGAUGCCCAAGUUACUUGCUGUUCCAAAUAUUGAAAAGUAUGCCUACCUCAUCAGGGAACAGCGCAAGCUCCACCAACCUGAGGAGGUCAAGGUUGUGAAGGAAGUUCCUAGGACAGAGGAAGACAAAAUGACAGAGUAUCAAGCUGCAGCAAAUCGCUUAGCUAAAGGUCGACUGGGUUUAAGAAGGCUUAUCAAAGUAGACAAUGAUUUGCGUGUACCUGUGACAAAGGAGGAGCUUGUGGCUGAGGUGGCAAGACAGUUGUGCGUUAGCAUCCAACCUGAAAACUUGCAGAUGCCUUCUGAUCUUACAACCUUGGGAGAGUAUGAGGUGCCACUCAGGCUGCCAAAGGUAAUUCCACUACCAGAGGGGAAGGUGCUUUGGACACUCAAAGUUAAAAUUAGGAGAAAAUGAGAGAGGAUGUCUUCUGAUCUUUCAACCUCGGUAGAGUAUGAGGGACCACUUAGUGUUGGGGCGGGGGGAGCGGGAGGGGCAGAUUUUUUUCACCUUUUAUUUAUUGGGUGGUUCGAUGACUUUGUACUAUUGAAAUGUCGUUGUAUAAAAAAGCUGGAACUUUUUGCUUUUCUAAUUUUCAGAGGCAAAGGUCUGGAUGCUUUUAGUCCGGUGUGUGGCCCAUGUUUGAGUUUGAAGUUACCUGGUGAAAAUGUGAACGAUUUGAGGGAACUGGAGACUAUUCUUUGUUCUUUCAAUGGCUAUAACAACUGGGUAGGAGUUAAAGAGUUU